AUGACUUGUAUUUAUUUUUGUAAAUGUAAGAAAAUUGUAAAAAGGUAUAAUUUUAUGACAUACAAAAUUAAUACAAAUAAAUUCAAAAAAAAAAAAAAAAUUUUUUUUUCUGAUAAUGAAUAUCAUAAACAUACAAUAAAUAUACCAUCUUUGUUAUUAUCAAAAAGAAUAAUUUUUUUAUCUUCUCCAAUAUAUCCUCAUAUAUCAGAGCAAAUUAUAUCUCAAUUGUUAUAUUUAGAAUAUGAAUCUAAAAGAAAACCAAUUCAUUUAUAUAUUAACAGUACAGGGGAUUUAGAAAAUAACAAAAUUAUUAAUUUGAAUGGAAUAACAGAUGUAAUAUCAAUAAUUGAUGUAAUUAAUUAUAUUUCUUCUGAUGUGUAUACAUACUGCUUAGGCAAAGCUUAUGGAAUUUCAUGUAUACUAGCUAGUAGCGGAAAAAAGGGUUAUCGUUUUUCUUUAAAAAAUUCUUCUUUUUGUUUAAAUCAAUCAUAUUCAAUUAUACCAUUUAAUCAAGCAACGAACAUUGAAAUACAGAAUAAAGAAAUCAUGAACACAAAAAAAAAAGUAAUAGAAAUAAUUGCAAAAAACACAGAAAAAGAUAAAAAUUUAAUAUCAGACAUACUUGAAAGAGACAGGUAUUUUAAUGCAGAUGAAGCUAUUAAUUUUAAUUUAGUUGAUAAUAUUCUUGAAAAAGAGUAA